AGGAGAUAUAGGGUUGAAUGUAUAUACCUAGGUAAGGAAAGGACUUGGAUAUGAAAGCUGAGAACAUUUUUACGUCAGAUCUCUGAUUCUUGGGCAUCAAUAUCAUUGAACGAGCUGUUCUCGUCUGGUAUAUUGGACUGUGAAUACUCAAGCGAGACCCCUAGUUGUCACUUUAUCUUGGCAUCAAAGUUCUAGAUAUGUACGCGAUUUGCAUACCUAGGUAUACAUUACCAUCAAUCCUCCUCAAUUCUAUUCAAACAUUUCGUAGCACUCUACUUUUAAGCUCCCAGAUGCUUUUCCAUAACUCACACGGCUAUUUAGACAGAAGUACAUCAAGGAUUUACCAAGAUUUACAUUCUUGCCAGGCUAAAACACGUCAGUCCAAUACCAUGGGAUCACCAUCGAGUCCCUCAAUUAAGCUACGCGAGCAAAACCCCUCAUCACCACCAAAAGUCUGUAUAGUCGGCGCGGGACUUUCCGGACUUCGAUGCGCCGAUAUACUACUUCAACAUGGUUUCGACGUUACAAUCCUUGAAGGUCGUGAUCGAAUUGGUGGCCGAGUUCACCAAGUAAACUUACCAUCUGGUCCAUUGGUCGAUCUAGGAGCAAAUUGGCUUCAUGGCAGCGACGAUCAACCAUUAUUGGAUAUGGCCAAUAGUACCAAUACGGAAGUGCAUACUUGGGCUGAAAAGGGAAUUUGGUUUGGAGAGGAUGGAAAGCCUCUUGCUGAUGGAGAUGCAAUGAUGAAUGAAGUGUGGGAAAUUAUUCAUGGGGCGUUUAAGUAUUCGGAAGAGAAUUCGGAGAAUAUUAAUCCUGAUAAAAGUCUUUAUGAUCUCAUCGAAGAGAAGCUUUUGGAGAAAUAUCCUGAUGAUGCGGAGAAGAGAAGAGUUUCGAUUCAAUUUGCUGAUAUAUGGGGAACUUUUGUUGGGAGUUCAGUGAAGAAGCAAAGUUUGAAAUUCUUUUGGUUGGAAGAGUGUAUUGAUGGAGCAAAUAUCUUCGUCGCUGGAACCUACAAGAAUAUUCUCGCCAAGAUCGCCAAACCAGCUCUGGAAAAUGCAAAAAUCCAAUACUUGACAAAAGUAACUCGCGUGGAAACAAAUCUAGAAAAUGUCACCGUAUUCAGAGAUGACGGUAAAAGCCUAGAAUUUGAUGAAGUAGUCAUGACCACACCACUCGGCUGGUUAAAGAAAAACAAACAAGCAUUCCAACCUGCACUCCCCGCCCGAUUUCUCUCCGCCAUCGACUCCCUCGGCUUUGGUUGUCUCGAAAAGGUCUACAUAACCUUUCCCCACGCCUUCUGGACCGAUCCCACACUCUCUCCCUCCUCCCAAACCUUCGACGGCUUCACCCAAUGGCUCGCACCCACCUACACACCCACCACCAAUCCCCACAAAUGGCACCAAGAAAUCGUACCCCUCUCCUCAUUCACCCCCCAAAACGCACAUCCCACCCUCCUCCUCUACAUCUACGGCGCGCAAUCCCAACUCUUCGCGCAAACCCUCUCGGAACUGCGUACUCCCGCCGAGAAAGACGCAUUCCUGAUUUCCUUUUUCAAACCCUAUUAUUCGCUGCUUCCUAAUUACAAAGAGGGGAAUCCAAAUUGUUUACCAGUGUCUUGUGUGGGUACCACGUGGAUCAAUGAUGAUCUGGCGGGAAAUGGAAGUUAUACUAAUUUUCAGGUGGGGUUGAGAGAGGGGGAUGAGGAUGUGAAGGUGUUGAGAGAGGGGCUGUCAGAGAGGAGAUUGUGGUUUGCGGGGGAGCACACGGCGCCUUUUGUUGCGUUGGGGACGACGACGGGGGCGUAUUGGAGUGGGGAGGCGGUGGGGAGGAGGUUGGUGGAGGCUUAUGGGAUGGGUGGGAAGAGUGUGUGA